ACACAGGUCACAGAUGCAUGUAUAUAUGUAUGGUGCACAGAGGUACUACACAACCAUCUAUUUACUACUAAACCUGCAAGCCUUGGUGCUCUAGCUCCUCGUCUUCUUCAGGUAGUUGCAGGUAAUCAAGAGAAUAUGGCACCCGCAAGCGCUUCUUCUGUAGUCGUGACCAAGCCACUGACCAAAGAAGAUCUGAUUGCCUAUUUUGCUUCUGGAUGCAAACCAAAGGAAAUGUGGAGAAUAGGCACAGAACAUGAGAAAUUUUGUUUCGAGGUCAAGACUUUGCGCCCUAUAAAAUUUGAACAAAUAACUGCACUGCUUAAUGGUAUUGCCGAGAGAUAUGAUUGGGAUAAGGUGAUGGAGAAAGAAAGAAUCAUUGGUUUGAAACAAGGAAGCAAAAGCAUUUCACUAGAACCAGGAGGCCAACUAGAGCUAAGUGGGGCACCUCUAGAGACGCUGCACCAAACUUGUGAUGAGAUCCGUUCACAUCUUCACCAGGUGAAAACUGUUGCUGAAGAAUUGGAAAUUGGUUUCUUAGGAAUUGGCUAUGAACCCAAAGCUAGUCUCGAGGAUGUAACCAUUGUGCCCAAGAGAAGGCUUAACAUUAUAACAGACCACUUAGCCAGAGCCACCACAUCAGGACCUGACGUGAUGUUCAGAACGUGUACUGUUCAGGUCAAUCUAGACUAUAGCUCAGAAACCGAUAUGAUCAGGAAGUUUCGCGCUAGUCUAGCUUUGCAACCUAUCGCUACAGCUAUAUUCGCAAAUUCCCCUUUUAGUAAUGGAAAACCAAAUGGGUUUUUGAGCGUGAGGAGUCAGCUAUAUACAGAUUCUGAUAAGAACCGCACAGGGAUGAUACCUUUUGUUUUCGAUGACUCAUUUGGGUUUGAGCGGUAUGUCGAAUACGCACUUGAUAUUCCAAUGUUGUUCUUAUUUCGAAACGAAAGCUAUCUCGACUGUGGAGGAAUGACAUUUCGGGAUUUCAUGUCCGGGAAAAUUUCUCAUCUCUCUAAUGAACAACCUAACAUUAAGGACUGGGAACUUCAUUUAGGAGCAAUAUAUCCAGAGGUCCGACUAAAGAGAUACUUGGAGAUGAGAGGUGCUGAUGGAGGUCCCUUGGACAUGUUAUGUGCCCUACCAGCUUUCUGGGUGGGUUUGCUAUACGAUGAGGACUCUCUCCAAACUGUUCUUGAUAUGAUCGAUGAUUGGACUACUGAAGAAAGGGAGAUGCUUAGGACUCAAGUUCCAAUCACUGGCCUAAAGACAAUGUUUAGAGAUAGGCCUUUAAAACAUGUAGCAGAAGAUGUCCUAAAGCUAGCAAAGGAUGGUUUGGAGCGUCGAGGGUACAAUGAAACCGGUUUCUUGAAGGCUCUCGCCGAGGUGGUUAGAACAGGGGUUACGCCUGCAGAGAAGCUCUUGGAGUUGUACAAUGGAGACUGGGGACAAAACAUAGAUUCUGUGUUCCAGGGACUGCGGUACUGAUGGAGCCUGCAGUAACAGAACCGGAGAGAAGAGUAUCAAACCGGACCAGAGUUCAGAUCCGGAGAUAUGCACAAUAAGUCGUUUUCUUUUAAUUAGUUGUGUCUUUUAUUUUGCUUGCUGAGUCAAUAAGAAGAAAGGGUCUUCCAGUUGUGUAGGGAUCCAUUUCUUCCAUUUUCCCAUUUUCCCAUUGCUGAGUCAAUAAGAAGAAAGGGUCUUCCAGUUCUUUAAUUAUCAAACUUAUAUUUUCGUCUCCAA